AUGACAGACUCCCAGUCACCAGGUGCAAAUGCGCCUUCGAAUGAGAAGCCUGAUACCAAGGGCUUCAUUCCGGGUGAUGACGUCUGGACCCAGUUCCGCAACAUCUAUUCCAUCCUCACAGGCAAGAUGUCCAACGAAGGAAUUGAGCAGUUCCGUGUUGCGCGAGACACUCGUAACGAAGAAGCAGACUGCAAGCGCUGUGAGGAUCAGCGGGAUUAUCUUCUUCAAUUCAGUCCUACGAUCCGAUUCCUCAGCGAAAGCAUACAACAAUUAGGAGGCGAUCUCCACAGUCAUAAUAUUUAUUGUCGUCGCUGUACAGAUCGUAAAGGCGGUGGCUUCGAUCCUGAAUAUGGAAUUUUGAUAUGCGCAAAUGAAAUGAAGGACCAGGGACACCUCGAAGAUACCAUAGCCCACGAAAUGGUUCAUGCCUUCGACCAUCUCAGGUUCAAGGUGAAUUGGUCAGACAAUCUGCGUCACGCAGCUUGUACAGAGAUUCGAGCUAGUUCACUCAGCGGGGAGUGCAGAUGGGCGCGCGAGUUCUUCCGAAGAGGGCAGUGGAAGCUCACGCAGCAGCACCAAGAGUGCGUCAGGCGAAGAGCUAUUCUGUCUGUUCGAGCACGUCCGACCUGCAAGGACGAAGCCCAUGCCACAAGGGUCGUCAAUGAAGUCUGGGAUAGUUGUUUCAGGGACACCCGGCCAUUUGAUGAGAUCUACCGAUGA